GGAUACGCGGGCUCUACCAACUGACUCUCUCUCUUGUCUCUCUUCUCUCUCGCCCUCCCUCUCCCUCCAUACACCCACACUUGCUACGCCACCUCCCCGCAUGUCUCUUCUCCUCGCAUAGCCCGGCGCAUCUCAUCAUGUUCUCCGCGUCCAAUAUGUAUCUGGGCGGCGGCAAUAGUGCUCGUGGAGGUCCGCAGCAGCAACAGCAGCAGCAGCCACCACAAGGCGCCUUUGGCCAAGCUCCCCUGCAGCAGCAAUAUACCGGAUAUCCAGUGGGCGGACUGCAGCCUCAAGCGACAGGCUUCCCUCAGCAGCAGCCGCAGCAGCAGCAAUAUGGCGCCUUUCAGCAACUCCCUCCGGCGCCGACAGGCUACCAACAGCCACAACCGACUGGCUUUCAGCAGCAGCAACAGCAGCCGCAGCAGCAACAGCAGCAGCUACCACAGAUCAAUAUGCAGCAGACCGGCUUCCAACAGCCUCAACAGACCGGAUUCCAGCCGCCGCAGCCAAUGCGUCCACAAGCGACGGGGCUGACGAGCAAUGACAUGGCCAACUCUUUUCGCGCGUCGUCCUCCCAGGCACCCCCUCCAGUGCCCGCAAAGACUGGCAGCAAAAUUCCCAACAUUCGCCUCAGUUUCAUCACUGCGCAGGAUCAGGCCAAGUUUGAGCAGCUGUUCAAGAGCGCGACAGGAGGGAGCCAGGCAUUGAGUGGAGACAAGGCGAGAGAUAUCUUGCUGAGGAGUAAGCUGGAUGGAAACGACCUGGCGCAGAUAUGGACAUUGUCAGACACCACCAAGUCGGGCCAACUGCUCUUCCCAGAGUUCGCUCUGAGCAUGUACCUAUGCAACAUCGCGCUCACAGGAAAGGCAUUGCCCAGCUCUCUACCGGAAAAGGUGAGGAACGAAGUAUCGAGUAUGGUGGACAUCAUCUCUUUCAACGUAGACGAUACUCCGGGCGCCGCAGGUCGCAAUGAACCUCCAACUAUUCAGCAACCACAAGCGCAGAAUCCCAGCAACCAGCAGCUCCUCACCCAGCUCACUGCUCAGCCGACCGGGUUUCAGGUUCCCCAGGCUACAGGAUAUCAACAACAGCUUCAGCCUCAGGCCACUGGAUAUAUGCCACAAGCGCAGGGUUAUACUGGACCCCGUCCGCCUAUGCCCCCAAUGCCCACUGGCUUUGGCAAUAAUCUUGCUCCGGGACUUUCUGCACAACCAACUGGACUGCUUCCCCAGCAGACUGGAUAUCCCAUGGCACAGCCUUUGAACGCUCAGCCUACAGGCCGACCAGGUCAAUGGGGCCUGGUGAAUGCACCCGCAGCUGGUCUGCCAAAUCUACAAGCUCUUCAGAGUCAAAUGAUGCCGCAGCCGGGACGAGAAGCAGGAUUUAGCGCUCAGGGAUUGCGUGGAAAUGCUACUGUGCCGUGGGCAGUCACAAAAGACGAGAAGAAGAUUUAUGAUGAUAUGUUCAAGGCAUGGGAUGGCUUUGGGAAGGGCUACAUCUCCGGUGCCCAAUCACUGGAGAUCUUUGGACAGUCAGGACUGAACAAGCAAGAUCUGGAGCGCAUAUGGACCCUCAGCGAUCCGCACAACAAAGGUCGCCUCAACCUGGACGAGUUUGCAGUUGCUAUGCACUUGAUCUACCGCGCGCUCAAUGGCUAUCCUGUACCGAACCAGCUCCCGCCUGAGCUCAUCCCUCCUUCCACGCGAAACAUCAACUCGAGCAUCGAUGCCAUGAAGGGCUUGCUUGGGCGAGAUGCCGAGGAGCGCAAGUCUUCUGGCGCGUUCUUGCAGCCGCAAAAGACGGGCGUAAGCUACUUAAAGGGUCACUCGUUCCGCGCUAACGGAGCAGCUGGUGCAAGGAAAGAUGCGACAGUAUUUAAGAACAACGACGAUGAUGUUGGAUAUCGAUCUUCUGCCAGACGUAGGAUUGGGCAGCACGGAAGAGAUUCAUCACCAGCGACGAGCGAUACGAGCAGCGUGCCGGCGGAUGAGAUGAGCAUCGAUCAGCUGAAGAAGACGAUUCGCGAGAAGCAAGUCUUACUCGAUGCAAUGGAUUUUGAAGAUGAGGGUAAUGCUGAGCAGGAAGACGCUCUGGAUCGCAAGGACAGGAAAGAGGCAGAAGAAUUGUUUAGGCGCAUUCGCAGGAUACAGGAGGAUCUUGAUACCCAUCCAAAUAGCGCGUUCAAGACUGGCGACUCGGACGCUGAGAGGCGUGCUUUGCAGAGGCAAUUACGUGGUCUCCAGGAUCGUUUGCCGGAGCUUGCGAGCCAUGUGCGAAGAUGUGAGCGCGCAAUUGCAGACGCACAGCUUGAGCUAUUUAGGCUCAAAGAUGCAAAGGCGAAUCCUGGCUCAGCUCCAGCCAUUGUUGGCACCGGGCCUGGAGGCGCUGUGACGGAGAGCGAUCGUCUGAAGGCUCGAGCUAAGGCCAUGAUGCAGCAAAGAUCGGCUGCACUGAGUGGCAAGAAGGUGGAGCCUGCUGAUGAUGGUCGAGGCGCUGCUGCGAGAUUGGAAGAAGAGAAUACACGCAUUACCAGGGAGCGCGAAGAUAACGAAAAGAUGGUUCGCGACGUAGAAGAGAGUGUCACGGAAUACAGCAAAGGUUUGGAGUCUAGCUUAAAGGAGGGCGCCGAAAGCGCUUCCGACGAGCAUGAGCGAAGAAGAUGGGAGGACGGCCUUGGUGUGGAAGAUGAGGUCAAAGACUUCAUUUUCGACUUGCAGCGCAGCUCGAGGGCUGCUCGCGUGCGAAACGAAGACAAGUCACAAUCGAUAUCGAAUCCGGUCGAGGAUGAUGGCCGAACAAGUACGCCUUCGACGAGAACGGACAGCCCGGCUUCCUCGCGGCAGCCCGCUGCUUCGUCUCCUGCACCUAGUGGCUCCUCCUAUUCCAGCUACAAGACUGCAGAGGAGCGUGCCGCGUUCAUCAAGCAGCAGGCUGAACAACGUAUGGCAGAGCGUCUGGCAGCGCUUGGUCUGAAGGCACCUUCGAAGAGUAGUGCUGAGAGUCCUGCUCAACGCGCAGAACGUGAACGCAAGGAACGAGAUGACAAGCUCCGACGUGCGGAAGAGGAAGAUGCAAGACGCGAACAAGAACGACAAGCCAGGAUCAGCGGAGAGACCAUCUCACCACCUUCGCCAGCUGCCAGCAAAUCGAAACCUCCCCCGCCAGCGCCCCGGAAGAAUCGUAGUGAGAGUCUCCAGAGCGACACGCAGUCCAAGUCGGAGGCCAAGGCAGCCGAGCAACAGAUCAAGGAGCAGGCUUUGAAGGAGCAAGAGGCAGCUCUCGCGACCGAGACGAGAGAGAUGGAGGAUGAAGAGGCACGCCAAGAACGCGAGCUGCAGCAACAGAAAGAGGAGGCUGCUGCUUCACUCCGCGCACUGGAGGAGCAAGUCAAGGCUGGCAAGGCCAAGAGAUCCGAGGAGAAGAAGAGACGUGAGGCCGCGAAGAAAGAAGCUCAAGAGAAGGAAGCUCGCCUUGCAGCUCAACGUGCUGAGAUUGAAGCUGCCAAGGAACGAGAAAGAGAACUCCGACUCCAGCUCGAGAACAUGGACGAUGACUCUAGCAGCGAUGAUGAGGACAAAAACACGCCGACCGAAAGUACUCCGGCUCAAAGCAUGGAGUUGCCCCAGGUGCAAGAGACGCCCGCUUCACCGCCACCCGCGCCUCCAUUGCCUUCAGCUGUUGCACCACCUGCACCACCCAUGCCAGGAUCGGCCGUCACAAGCCCGCCGGAACAAUCCAAGAAUCCAUUCUUCCGCAGCAUGAAUCAGCAAUCCUCUGCAGCAUCCACGCCAGCUAUUACAUCACCUGAUGCCGGACCCAAAGUCGACACGAAUCCUUUCCACCGCUUGACACAGCAAGAUCUCGCCAAGCAGCAACAAGCCCUACCUGAUCCAGCGCCGGCACCGUCGCGAUCGCGGUCCAAGCCGGCAGAUGAAGACGACUGGUCUGUUCUGGACUCUUCGGAUGAUGAAAGCGAUGAGGAAGACAAGCCUCAGGGGGGUAGUGCGAAACAGCUUGCGUCAAUUCUCUUUGGCACCAUGGCUCCCCCUCGUCCACUUUCCGCCAUGGACAGUCCCAAAUCUAGCGGUUCGCCUGCGCCGAACGGAACCGAUCGCUUUGCUUCACCGCCUCCAGCUCCUCCAAUGCCGGGUAGCGAUGCUCCUCCUCCUCCACCACCACCUCCCAUGCCGAGCGCUGGAGCGCCGCCGCCACCUCCUGGCCCACCACCAGCUCCUGCUAUGCCGGGUGGGUUCCCGUCCGGUGCACCUGCCGCAGCACCAGAUCGGAGUGGGUUGCUCCAAGCAAUUCAGCUUGGCAAAGGGCUGAAGAAGGUUGAGACCAAGGAUCGGAGCACUGCAGCUACUGCUGGACGUGUACUCUAGAGCGUAAAGUUGGGAGUGAGUAGUUGUACGUAUUAUUGUUUAUAGAUUUGAGCAAAUGCGCUGUCC